UUUGACUUGAUCGUAUUUGUUGACGUUUGGUUUUUUGGAUGCGGAAAAUAUUUCGUUUUCUCAUUAAACUAAUAAAUAAAUAAUAGAACCGUGGUAAUAAUUAUUUGUAAUUUUUAAUUCUUGUUUAUUAUCGUCAUGGCAAAACAUCAUCCGGAUCUUAUAUUUUGUCGAAAACAACCCGGCGUUGCUAUUGGACGUCUUUGCGAGAAAUGUGACGGAAAAUGUGUCAUUUGCGAUUCAUAUGUGAGACCAUGUACUUUGGUGAGAAUUUGUGAUGAAUGUAAUUAUGGUUCAUAUCAAGGACGUUGUGUAAUUUGCGGAGGUCCCGGAGUAUCUGACGCUUAUUAUUGUAAAGAAUGCACAAUUCAGGAAAAAGAUAGAGAUGGUUGUCCAAAGAUUGUUAAUCUUGGUUCCUCCAAGACUGAUCUAUUCUACGAACGAAAGAAAUAUGGAUUUAAAAGACGAUAAACAGAAAAACUCUAUUUUAAUCGAAUUAUCUUUUCAUUUACAAUUAUUUUUUCUUCCUCAAAACGAAGACAAAACACGAAAAAUGUAAAUAUUCUACAAUUCUCUAAAAUUAAAUAUUUAAUUUUGGAAAUUUAACAGAACAAUAGAAAAUAAUUUCGAG